UCUAUCAGAUUCAUUAAGUACAUGGAACCAGCAAACCACACAGCUGUUUCAGAAUUCCUUCUCCUGGGACUGACAGAUGACCCAGCCCUGCAGCCCCUCAUCUUCAGCCUGUUCCUGACCAUGUACCUGGUCACCAUCCUGGGGAACCUGCUCAUCAUCCUGGCUGUCAGCUCUGACCCCCACCUCUACACCCCCAUGUACUUCUUCCUCUCUGCUCUUUCCUUUAAUGACAUCUGUUUGAGCUCAAGCACAAUCCCAAAGAUGCUGGUGAACAUCCAAAGACAGGAUCGGAGCAUCACCUACACAGGCUGCCUCGCCCAGGCCUGCUCUGUCAUCCUUUUUGUAGUCUUGGAAAAUUUCCUCCUUGCAAUGAUGGCCUAUGACCGCUAUGUGGCCAUCUGCUACCCCCUGAGGUACACAGCCAUCAUGAACCCUCGCCUCUGUGUCCUGAUGGUUCUGCUCUCUGCGUUCAUCAGUACCAUGGAUUCCCUGUUCCACACUCUGAUGGUGCUGCGGCUGUCCUUCUGCUCAGACAUGGAAAUCCCCCAGUUCUUCUGUGAGCUUGCUCAGGUCCUCAAGCUCUCCUGUACCCAAACCCUCAUUGAUAACAUCCUGAUCUAUGCUGCAUCUUUCCUAUUUCUUGGAGUUCCCCUCUCUGGAAUCAUUUUCUCUUACGUUCACAUUGUGUCCUCUGUCUUGAGGAUGCCAUCAUCAGGAGGAAAACACAAAGCCUUUUCCACCUGUGGGUCUCACCUGUGUGUUGUCUCCCUGUUCUAUGGGACAGGUUUGGGGGUGUACUUUAGCUCUGCAGUGACUGCCUCUCCCAGGAAGAUUGCAGUGGCUUCAGUGAUGUACUCUGUGGUCCCUCAGAUGAUGAACCCCUUUAUCUACAGCCUGAGGAACAAGGACGUGAAAGAGGCCUUGAGGAAGCUCAUGGGUAGGAUGGCUUCUUUUCUGUGA